AUGAAGAACUUUGCUGUACUGAUUCUCAUCCUGAUCACUGGAGCUUUUUUAUUUUUUUUUGGAAAGGAGACUCCACUGGACAUGGCGGAGAUGGACAUAGCGGAGAACUCUGUUGAUGAUCAGUACCAGGGCUGCCCAGGGAAUAUGUCACGCUUGGUAGAGAAUUCAUAUCUAAAAGAUGAACUGAAGACUACAAAGAAUUUCACUGACGCUUGGAGUAAAGGAGAGAAGUGGUGCUCCAGUAAUACGAAAGGAGAUGAUUUGGGAGAAAUGAAUUACUGCAUUGCCUUGUAUGUGUAUACACUAGAUGAACCACCGAUAUAUAAAGUUUUCAAUAGUGACACUCAUAGUGGGGGGACACAAUACACAGGAAAGACAUAUCAGUGGCAUUCUCUUCACUUUUUGUUAACACGUGCACUACAAGCUCUGAAAGAUAGAGAGAAGCAAGAAGGAGCUAAAUGCAGAUUAACAUAUCGUGGUACAGAUGAUCAAUUUAACAAAGAUAUUCUGAACAAAGAGGUUCGAUUCGGCUUUUUCUCGUCCUCCUCCAUGGAUCGUAAGGUGGCUGAGGACUUUGGAAAGAAGUCGUGUUUUGAGAUCAACACAUGCCAUGGUGCGAAAAUAUCAGAUUAUUCCGCCUCCCCACAAGAGAGAGAGGUGCUGAUUCCUCCAUAUGAGAAGUUUAAAGUCUCUCAAGUCUCAGAGAAAAUACACAAUCCUGGCCUCUGGUGCGACACUGUGUAUAAGCUGGAAAGCACUGGGAUCAGAAGUGACCUGAACUGUGCUGUGGUGGCGCGUUCGUUUGAUCGGGUCAUCAACGAACUUUGA